AUGUUCUCCCGCAUACGAUGUGCUCGCGCUCUCCCUCGUAGCCUCGUCAGGUCUUACUCUGAGAAGAAGUUUAACCAGAGACUGGUGGAUAUUAUGGAGAACGGUCAGAAUUGGUUGCUGUCGUGGGCGAUUUAUGAUGUUCAUGCGUCGUCCAAGUUGCCGUUGGGAUUUGACCGGUUGCUCAAGGCUCUUAGGUACCAGCGCUCUCCAUUCAUAUGGAAAGCCUUGAGCGAUGCUAGCCCACGUGAAGUCAUCGAAAACCCUGCUGCGCUGUGCCAACUCGUCUCUCGGGCUGUCGCCAACAAUAACCUCGAAUUGGCACUUCAAUAUUUGCACACUCUACGGUCCAAGAAGCAUCCUGUGAAUUGGGAAACGGUCGCGCCUUUGGUCUACCUUGCGGCUUCGAGGAAUGAGGCAAGACUCGCGAUUGACAUUGCGGUUUGGUUCGAGGAGCAUUCGGGUGUCAAGUUGGGCAAGAGGGUGUGGUUGGAGUGUUUGAUUGCGUCUGCGUUUAUUCGUUAUGAUGAGGGAUUGGAGACGUGUUGGAAGCGGAUUGCCAAUGGAAGGGAGAUGCCUGAGUUUGGCUCUUCUCGGUUGGAGGUGGUUAAUGCCGCGAAGAAGUUAAUGGCAUCUUAG